AUGAAUGUUAUUAUUCUUCACACCAUUUUUAACUUAUUUUCUUUCUUAUUAUUUUCACGAGUUUUCUUAAUUUCUCGUAACUACGUCGCCCUUCUUCCUUUUUGUCUUUACGGCUUCCUUCUUUUUCUUCCUUCCAUUUUUGCGAUUUUUACUUUUCUUUUUCUCUUUCAAAAUUACUUUUUCUAUGUAUUCUUCUCUUUUUUUUUAACUUUCCUUUUAUUCUUCUUAUUUCAUUCAUUUUUUUUAUUUCUGGAUACAUACAUUUCUUUCUUUCUUUCUUUCUUUUUCUUUCAUCUGUUUUCUUUCACCGAUUUAUUCGCUUUACAUUUGUUUUUGCCCUUCCUUCUUUAUUCUUUUCUUUUCCUUUCUCUCCCUCUUCUUCUUCUUCUUCUUCUUCUUCUUCUUCUUCUUCUUCUUCUUCUUCUUCUUCUUCUUGCCAUUGUUUUCUUUCUACCGAUCUCCACACGAAAACAUCUGCUUGACUCGAUAUUUACAGUUUCUUUGAAUCGUGGGUCCGCUUCAACACGACACACGUGCACAUAUCUCUCUCUCUCUCCCUCUCUCUUCCUCAUUCACUCGAACAUCGACACAUAUGUUCAUAGAAAGUGUAAAAGAAGUGAGAGAGAAGGACGUGAGCCAUUUUUAAUUCACUUUCUCCAGUGA